CAAAAAAACUCCGAAUUAUUGAAAUUAUUCCAUGUUAUAUAACUUGCUAGUUGUGGAUUUAGAUAUUUUCGUUUUUGUCGGUUGGUAACACUUGUUACCCUGACGAAUUUUAGAACUUCAGCGAUCAAGAAACAACACAAAUUUUCGUUUAAAUUAUCUCGUGUCAAAAAUUGUAUCUUGUAAUUCAAAAACUACACAAAAUGUCUACAAAAAGAGUGGUUGAAGAUGAAAAAAUUGAAAAACCUGCAAUUAAUAUCAGUAGUACCUAUUCCGAAUCCUUGGAAAUUAAGCUUCAAGAAGUAAAAAACAAGUUGGAAAAUUGGAAAGAAAUAAUAUUACCCCUUUAUAAAAUCCUUAUUUGGGAAAAGCAAUGGCAUCCAUUCGCUGUUGCUGGAGUUUCUACUGCAAUCUUCUUAUUCAUAUGGCUCACAGAUAUGAGUGUGUUAACUACUUUUUCAUUGCUGGGUUUAUUUGCAACUCUCUGUGAUUAUUUAGUACCAAUUAUUUCAACUUCUUUUAUUAAACCUGAUUCUUGGACACCUCAAAAAGAAGCAUUGUAUGAUACAAUAUGUGGAGAAAUUUUAAUCAUCAAGAUGAAACUUGAACUUGAUUGCUCGAUGUACUGUAGAAUGAGAGAAAGUCAUCCAAAAAUGUAUUUUGCAGUGACAACCUUUGCUCUUGGAAUAUUGGCUUGGUUUGGAAAUCUUUUCAACAAUCUGCUGAUAGCACAUCUUUUUGUAACGUCAAUAUUACUUCUACCUGGCGCUGAGCGUACCAAAGUUUACACUCACAUGCAUGAAAUACAGAAUAAAAUAUUCAAAGAAUACGUUAACCCGAGGUUCCAGGUGAAAAAAGAAGAGUAGAAUAUGCCAAAGUUUUGUUUUCUAACCAAGGGGGCAAUUAUUAUUGUGAUUUUAAUUGAUUGGCUCAACUAAAUAAGAUUAUUUAUGAUGGAAAAAGAGACUGAAUGUAGUUUUGUAUUGUGUGUACUUGAAUAAAUAUUUCUAUUGA